AUGACCGCUCAUUCUCAAUCCUCUUCAUUGCCAUCAUUAUCAUCAUCGCAUAGGCCAACAAUCACCACCACAGCAUCAACAACAACUUGUCGUCGGAGUGACUCCAUUAUUUCCUCCUCACAACAAGAACCACCACUUUCAUAUCCCUUCUACUUUUGUCAACUCUUUUCCACUCUUCCAACUCGUGGAAUAUCAUGUUUGUCUACCGAGAAUCUUUCAUCAUCAACAACAACAACAACCAAGAAUCAUGAAUGGCAACCUUCAACGAUUUAUUUGAAAAUUUCAGAUCAAAGAAAUUCUUCUGAAACCACAGCCCAAGAAAAUGAAGACCAUCUUUCAUCGACCAUUACCAACAAACAAUUCCAUUCGUCAACAACUCCUCCUCCACAAAAGAUUCCCAUUCGCAUUCCUGUCAACAACAACCAACACUUGAACAAAAUGGUUGAUGCAUCUCCACAACGUUUGAAUCGUGCCUUUCCCAUUCUCAAUCCAAAAAUCUCAACCUUACAAAAUGCAUUCCAACACGUUCCAAAUCCCACUCCAGUGACUCUCAGUGCAUCGUUGAUUCAAUCUUUGACAUCUUUUGUUUCAAGUCCAUCAUUCCUUCUUCCUCGUCCUUUCCAUCAUGUGAAGAAGAGUUCCAAUUUGAACUCAGACCAAUCCAUCACUUGUCCUACCUUUCAAUUAUCUCAUCCAUUACCUUGGAAAGGAUCCAAUGGUGGCUAUUGUUGUGUCAUUUGUAGCAUGUUAGCAAAAAAGAUCAUGUUUUCUCCACCACAAGAUUUUUCACAACUUUUGAAGAGAAAAAAAGGUCAUUCCGAGAAGGGUGUGAUUACAGAACGAGUAUUGAAGAAAAUUGUUGAAAUGUAUGGAGAACAGUUUUCAAAUCUGUUGGGAGGAAGAAUGUGUGAUCGUCACGUGUCACAAAUUUGUUGUGGACUCUCUGAUUCCCAUGAAUUGAACAAGAAUUCAGUUUCGACCAUGCCGUCACUUGUCACAAUGAUUCCUUCGACGACGAGCUCUGGUGACAGGAACAAUUCUCAACCAAGGUCAUGCAUGAAGAAGAAAAAUUCUUCCUCUCAAACCUCAACUUUAUCAUUGGAUGAAGAAUCUUCAGAAGAUGCUCAUUCUUCCUCUUUUGAAGAUUUUCAUCUCGAAGAAAAUGGAAACCUUUCAAAUUCAACUCCAAAGAAAAUUCGAGAAAGAACCAAAUCUCAGCAACAACACUUGUUGGACAGCCCAAAAAGAAUUUCCACACGAAGACAACAAAAACAAGAAUUAUUGUGUAAUUACAAGCGACUCAUUGAGGAAGAAAAAUGUCACCACGACAAUGACGACGAAGAUGAUGAAUCAACAUUAGGUUUCAUGAAGGUCAAUGAGGAUGAAAAAACUGAUGAUGAAAACACUUUCACUCUCAAACCCUUAAUGAACAACACUCCUACAACAACAACCAUCACCACAAACACCACCACAAACACCACAGGCGACAAAAACGUCACAACAGAAAGUAGCAUUACAACAUCUCCAAGACCUCCUCGAAGAUUUAUUCGUCGACGAAGAAAUGGCACUUCUACUACUACUGGCACCAGUGUUGUCUUACAACGAAGAGAAAUACCUCUUCAUGAAGAUGCAUUUUCCAUUGUGGUGGUGACGGAAUCUUCGGGUUCUUCUUCUGUGAAUAGAAACAAUGACAACAACAAGAAUGGAAAUUCUCAUUCACUCUCGAACAUGUUAAGUGGUGGUUCUACUGCAGAUGAUUCAUCGAGUAGUAGUAAUCAUUCUUCAGAUAAUUUGAAACAAGAAUCGGAAAUGUCACAACAAGAUCGAAUGUAUUUGGAUUUCUUGGAAUAUGAUGAAAGUUUGGAUUGGAAUAAUUCUCAACAAGAAUCUCAAAACGAAAUUGUUCAAGCACAUGCAAGGAAUCAUUUUCAACAAACAAAACAACCAAUUUCAUAUUCACCAAUUCAUCGGUCCACCUCUUCAACAACAUUUGAAUCUUCGUUUUCAAAAACAUUGAUGGAUGAAUCGAAAGAAAAUUCAUUCAGUGUAUUGGUGUCACUCAUGGAAAAGUUAGUGAACCAAGAAGAAGAAACAGCGAAUCAACAAGUAGUAGGAACAGAACAGAAUACUUGUGAAGAGUCAAGACAAGGUUCCGUUUCGUUUAGCAAUAUUCAUGAAACGAGUUUAGUUCGCGAGGAGGACGAAACUUUACAGCCACAUCGACGAGUUAAAAGACGAUUCUUCAAAAAGUAA